UGAAAAUAUAUGUCAAAACCUUUCUGGCAUGACGUCACACAUCACCUCAUCUCGUCCUGUUAUCUGAUUCGCUGAAUUUUGUAUUCUGAUUUUCCUACUCUUGUACCUCGGAAAGUUAAAAAUAUUGAAAACUCUGAAGACCUGUUAAAUAAAUGGAUAAAGACAUACCAGGGUUUUCCUCUACGGAGGAAAUCAACCUGAUGCCGGACUUAACCGGAAUUGAUGAUAUCCUCGAUCAUUGUGAAACGGAAUUGCUGAAAAGCGAGCUAUUUGGGGAUGAUGCCUUAUCUCAGUUGAAUGAGUCUCUAGAUCUAGCAGCCCUUGGUGAUUCUUUCAUGGAUACACAAAAUGCACCAAAUCCUACAUUGUCCAGAACCUUCGAAUCAACAGCUGCAUUAUCCACACCAUACACAAGCGUGCCAACUACAUCAGCAAACCCUUUCAUCCCUCAAACCACAUCAAAAGAUGGUUCUCCCGUACAUAAUUUGCAAAAUGUUCAAGUAAAGAAUGUGGUGCCAAUUCAGAGUCCUACCAUGAUUAUAUCAUCCCCAAGUUUUCAACAAAACUCACAACCUCUUGUUUAUGCCUCAUUGCCUCUACAGAAUCAGCAGGUACUUAUGCCACAGAAGCAGGGUAGACAAGUAUUUGUGCAGAAUCUUCAGCAGAUAUCAGCUGACCAUAUUCAACCAGUGCUUUUACAAGCAAAGAUUUUGAAAACUGAUAAUCAGACUAAGAUUUCACAACCUGCUGUAGUUUAUACUACAUCCAUAUCAAACAACACAUCUCAGUCAAUUCAUACCAUCCUGAAUACUAGUGGCAUCCUAACUACAGCAAAUGGGUUUCCAGUAGUACUGGAUAGUGAGAGUAAGGUACCUAUAAACAGGGUGCAGCCUGGAAAUAAGGAAUACAAAGUGAAGGAAGUGAAAAGGAGUGCUCAUAAUGCAAUUGAGAGAAAGUAUAGGACAAGCAUCAAUGAUAAAAUUGUUGAACUAAAGAAUAUUAUUGCAGGAGAGAGUGCAAAGAUGCAUUUAGGAAACAGCAGAGCUGAAGUACUUACAGUCAAAGUCCAUCUCAUAUCGAAUUUCAUUUGUCAGUGUCCAAUUGAGACUUCAGGGCUACCAUUUCUUGGAUGCACCAAUUGUGUCUAUAUGCAUGUACUUAUUUUGAACAAAUCUGCUAUCCUUCGCAAAACAAUAGAGUACAUAAAAUUCCUUCAAAACUCAAAUACAAGGCUAAAACAAGAGAACAUGGCCUUGAAGAUGGCAGCACGACAGAACACCCUUAAAGAUCUGCUGAUAACAGGCGACGCUAAAAAAUAUCGCCCAGAAGACACGCCUCCAUCUUCUGACAUUUCGCUUUCUCCGCAGCAAUCUCUGCCAUCUAGUCCUGAGUUUUCGGUUGUCAAGGACGAUAGUGAUGAUGAUUUCAUGGAAACCACCAGAGGGAUGCUGGACAGUUCCCGUCUCACACUAUGCAUGUUUAUGUUGGUAAUGGUGGCCUUCAAUCCUUUUGGAUUCAUGUACAAUAAGUGGUCAGAGACCUCUGAUCCUACUUACGUCAACAGGAGGAUUUUGGAUUAUGCCACACCAACGAUGUCGCUAACUUCAUCACUGAUGCUAUGGCUGUUCAAUUUGGCAAUUUUGGGAUUUUGCAUGGUGAAAAUGUUCGUUUAUGGAGAUCCAAUAAUACCUCAAAAGUCUAAAGAGAGCCAGACAUUUUGGAAACGGAGAAGACAAGCUGAUCAAUUUUUGAACCAGGGAGACAAAUUGAGAGCAAAACAAGAAUUACUGCGUUGUCUAAAAAUUUAUGGCGUCACUCUACCUUCAACAAGAUUGGAGUUGUGUCUAUGUCUUUUCUGGCAAAUAAUCAGACAGAUAAUGCACAGGUUGUGGAUUGGACGAUGGUUGUCUAGCCAUGCUGGAGGAUUUUUCAUUGAUGCUAAUUCUCGUUACGAAUGCUUGACCUCCUGCAAAGAACUGGCUCUAAUAUUCAACGAUUUGCACAAAAUUCAACUGGUGGGCGGACCUGCGGAGACAUGUCAUAUGUUAGGACUGAUUACAGCUUUGAACGCUCUCAACAUUGCUGAUGCAGCAAAAGGGAGGAUUAAUUCUGUUGGAAUGAUCGACAUUUAUGUCGGUAUGGCGCUCAGAGUCAAAGAAAGCGCACCCAGUUGCUUGCAGAUAUUGCAGAGGUACUAUUUAGGUUUGGCUCAGCUGUCCUGCACAAAUUCCUGUGAACCCAUUCCUAAACGUUUACAGUGGCUUUUCACGCCAUAUGGAUACAAGUUCUUCUUGUCUAAUAGAUCCACUGAAGCAGUAAAGUCCAGUAGCUUACCGUUCAGUAUGAUCAAAGACAGUUUGGACCCAUUAGCUAGUCAAAUAAAGAUGUAUCGUGAACAUUUAUUGGAAACAGCAAUGCAAAUUAUACUUUCACCAGGCUACAAAAGCGAUGGCAGCGACAAUAAAACAGACAGCAUUGCUGAUGCAUUGAUUUAUUUGGAUUUGUUGAGAGAUGAUGUUACUGUAGACGCAAAAACUGUUUUUGGAUCAAACUCUGUUCAAAGCUACGCAGAUCCGGUAGCUCGAUGGUGGAUGACAUUUGUCUCAAUCGCUUGUCAUUGGCUGAUGGGCGAGGAAUGUCCAGAGAGCAUGUACAAAAAGAUCGAGAUGAUCCCCGAACCAUUGGCUUCUCUAAAUGACCCUCUACCUAAAGCUAUAGUAGCUGCUUUCAAAGCCAGGAAGAACUAUCUGUCGUACGGAUCCGAUGCCACACCAAGGCAGAUACUUCAUCAUUUGGAUUACGCCAGCCAUUUGCUAUCUGAUAGUCUGACGUUGACUAGUUGCAAGAAAAAGGAUCACCUGAGUUUGUUGGCUCAAUUGAUGGUGUGUGAUUGGUUGUUAGAAACGAGAACAUCCCUGUGGGAAGACAGCGUCGAAGGUGAUUCGAAGGUCCCAGUAUCAAACUCUGUUCUGUCCUCGUUUCAAGCUGAUUUAUCAUCAUUGAGGAUUCUGACUGAACACAUUCCGAGUGCAUUGGCGAGGGUAUUUUUGUAUGAGGCUACUGCCAGGAUGAUGGCUGGUGCGGCACCAGGUAGGACCCAACAAUUGCUGGACAGAAGUUUGAGGCAGAGGAAUAUCAAGCAAUCGAUAAUAUGCGGAAAAGGAGACAAGAACAACCAAGAUAUGGGCGGAGAACGACAGCAUGCUUCAGCAUUAUAUAUGGCCUGCAAGCAUUUACCUGGCCCGUUGCUCUCUUCACCUGGUGAGCGAGCGGGAAUGCUAGUGGAAGCUGCAAAGACGUUGGAGCGAAUCGGGGAUAAGAAGAAGCUACAAGACUGCUACGAAGUAAUGAGGACCUUAGGUACAACCGCUGUUAACCAUUGAGUGCUUUUUAGUACGUAUAAUCUAAUAUAUGAAGAUAAUUUUUAUUGUUGUGUUUGUUUCAAAAUUCGUGUGGAGUCCAUUGAAGGUUUAAACUUUGAGUUUGAUGUUGAGAUAACAGUGAAUUAGAUUGAUGAAGAUGAGGUAUUUAUUUGCUAUGGUGUAAAUUCUUAUUUGAUAGACUGGAGAAGUAGCUGAUACCGUGGCAAAAUUUGUAGUUCAUACCGAUUAUUUAUUUCCGGUUUUAGCUAUUAGGAUAAGACUCCAACACUGAAUCCAAUUUAUCUUUCGCACUUAGUGCCUAUAUUAUGUUAGUUUUAGUACCAUUUUUAUAAUGCAACUAUUUCGGCAAGUGAAAAGCUUAGAUUUUUAUACAUGUUAUUUAUAUUUUUUUGUUAUAAAUAAAUUUUUUCACUCGCAAA